GUACAUAUUCUAUAUAGCCUCAUGGUUCCUCCCCUCAGGGAACACCUCAUCCCUUUGUACCAGUUUGGUGGAAAGGAUAGUUUGAACUAGUUCACUCAAAAAAGACUUGACAAUCCACUAGAGGUCUUCAGAUCUUUCACCAGGGCCCCUGGGAUAGCUCCAUACUCAGAAACAGUAGUACAGGGAGUACGGGCUUUGCAGUCAGACAGAUCCUGGGUGAAUCCUGGGGACACCUGUGUUCUCAGACAAGCGAGUUAAUCUCUCUAACCUUCCACUUCCUGCUGUGUAGGUGACUAGGGUUAGAGGACUGUACAAGGACAGCAUCCGGCACAGGGCCCAGCUCAUAGUAAAGCUGAGUGUCAGUCUCCAGAGCCUAGGGCUACCCCUGAUCCCUGCUCCCAGUGCCUGACACUUGCCCUUAGGAAGAGCCACAGGAGAAGGCCCGCCCAGUAGGUGGGCCAGAGCACCAGCCUUGACGGGGAGCAUGCUAAAUGGGAGUGUAGAAUCAGGGAGGGGGGCCUGGUGACUCAGCAAGAGGGUAGCUGCUUCUGGGAAAGCGGAAAUGGAGUCCACACCAUAAUUUCCAGAGGAGAGGCACUGGGGAAUGUCACCCAGGCAGACAUUCCUCCAACCCCUGCCUUCCAGGUGUUAUUUCCCAGAAGUGCCAGCAUUUUUGGAUCACGGGAACUAACAACUAGAACUGUACUGGGAUCAAGGUGUUCAAUAUUUGGGGAGUUCCAGGAGUGGAGAGGGCAGCCUCAGGAAACCAGAUGGUUCCAGCCAGGAUAAGAAGGGCAGGGGAGAACUGCCUGCGAGGGCCUGAGUGGUGGGGGUCUAGGAGGCAGGGCUGCAUCAGGCCCUCUGGCAGACCCAUAGCCUAGAAGCCAUGGGUCCAUUGGUCUGGCAAUGACAGAGACCUGGGUCUGUAUCCUGAAGCGCCAGUUAUUAGCUGUGUGCACAUGGGGCUGCUACUUCAGCUGUAGUCCUCCCUGUUCUCAUCUCUAAAAUGGGGAUGAGAGCUACUUUGCAGGCCUGCUGAGGAUCAGUGGCUAUCAUGUAUGUUGGAGCUGCAUGCAGACACAGAACCCAGGCCACAGCACAGACUUUGCGUUGGUCCAGACCCGAACUGUUCCCAAGAGAUGUAUGACUAGCAAAUGAAAUAAUUUGAAGGUACCACCAUUUUCAGUGGACUGCCAGAGCCAAACCUACUUACUGCUCCCUUUCGGUUUACAAAUAAAAACCCUCUCAGGUCCUGGCAGAAGAAUACAUCCCCAGCUGGGUUGCAGGGGGUGUGCAGUAUCAGAGUCACGGCUUCAUAUCUUUGACUACUAAAUUACACGGGUGCAGCCUGGUCAUGUGGAUUCUGAUCUGCAAGAUAGGGGUAGGGUUGGGUCUCUUAUAAUCACCAAUCAAGGGCUCUUAAAAAAUAUUCAGCGGAAACACGGACCACAUCACAGAGAGGUAGAGGCAGACCGUGCUGCUGUGAGCAAGCUCAUCUCUGGAACAAACCGACAGAGCAUCUCUGCUGGUGUUCAUCAGCACAGAACCAUGGAUGACUAUGAGUACGUAGUUCCUGGGUUCUUGAACACUUCCAAUGACAGCAGCCAGGAGCAUGAACGCUUCCUGCAGUUCAAGAAGUUCUUUCUGCCCUGCAUGUACCUGGUGGUGUUCAUCUGUGGCCUGAUGGGGAACUCCCUGGUGCUGGUCAUAUACAUCUUCUACCAGAAGCUGAAGAGCCUGACGGACGUGUUCCUGAUGAACCUGCCCUUGGCUGACCUGGUGUUUGUCUGCACGCUCCCCUUCUGGGCCUAUGCAAGCUUCCAUGAGUGGGUCUUUGGCAAUAUCAUGUGCAAAACCCUGCUGGGCAUUUACACUUUGAACUUCUACACCUCCAUGCUCAUCCUCACCUGCAUCACUGUGGACCGCUUCAUUGCAGUGGGUCAGGCCACCAAGGCCUACAACCAGCAGGCCAAGCGGAGGACCUGGGGCAAGGUCAUCUGCUUGUCCAUCUGGGUGACCUCCCUGCUGGUUUCCCUGCCGCAGAUAAUCUAUGGCAAUGUCCUUUAUUAUGACAAGCUCAUCUGUGGUUAUCAGAACGAGGAGAUUUCCACUGUGAUUCUUGCCACCCAGAUGACACUGGGGUUCUUUCUGCCGCUGCUUGCCAUGAUUGUCUGCUACUCAGUCAUAAUCAAGACCUUGCUUCAUGCCCGAGGCUUCCAGAAGCACAAGUCUCUAAAGAUUAUCUUUCUGCUGGUAGCUGUGUUCCUGCUGACCCAGACACCCUUCACCCUUGUGAAGCUCAUCCUCAGCACAAGCUGGGAGUACCAGGCCAUGAUCAGCUUUCAGUAUGCCAUCAUAGUGACUGAGGUCAUUGCCUUCCUGCGGGCCUGCCUCAAUCCUGUGCUCUAUGCCUUUGUUGGCCUGAAGUUUCGAAAGAACUUCUGGAAACUUGUGAAAGACAUUGGCUGCCUCCCUUACCUGGGGGUCUCAAGCCAAUGGAAGUCUGAGAACACUUCUAAGAGUUGUUCUGCCUCCCACAACAUGGAGGCCACCAGCAUGUUCCAGCUGUAAGCCUUGCUGGAGCUCGGAGAAGGUGCUCGGGAAGUUACAGGAGCAAAGCUGUGUCCUGCUGAGUGAUGAGAAAGGCUCUGUCUAUAGCUUGUGCAUUCUCACUGAGAAGUAACCAAAUGCUGCCGCUGGUGUGGAAAAGUUCCUUCUCAGGCAUGAAUAUAUUCUGUUCACUUGUUGAACAAACAGGCUAAAGCUCAAAGGGAGUCUAAAAACUGUAAGGGCUUCCCUUCCUCUAUCCCUAAGAAUGCUGACACCAACGAGGUGACGUGUGACUCUCAAGACCUCAGGUUCUCCUUCGCUAGGACUGGGACUCAACAUUGAAGAGGGGAGCGUGCCCACAAAGCUGUUGACGGCAGGUGACACUCUGGGCUCCCAAGUUCAGAAGAUUCUUCUGGCUACUGGGAAGCAGGGGAGAUGAGAGCAGCCAUGAACACAAGUGCUGGCCCAUAUGGCUCAGACUUCAAUCGCCAGGCCCCUAACAGACAUGACAUCAGGCUCUGCCUCACCUUGGGGUUUGACUUUUAUAGAGAUCGAUGCUUACGUUCUCUUUAAUUAAUCCUGAAAGGACCAGCAGCAGGGAAUAUGAAUGGGCCAAAAUAAAUUAGAGUCGGCUCAGAAUUCCAGUGGUCCGCAGAAUCAGAAAACUGUACAGAGCAGAGAAUAAGACGAUCGUGAAUCUAAGCAGCGUUUCUGAAAUGGAUUCUUUGGUGGGUUUGCUCAUUUUAAAACCGAAUUGUCCAAUGCCUAAAACACACACACACACAUCUAUAUCAUAUGUAAAUAUAGAUAUAACACAAACACACCAAACAGCAUAUUAUUUUCAUGACUAAGAAAUAAAACUUUUUUAAAGUCUCCAAA